ACCUUUCAAAGUUCAAACCAUCAAAACACACAGCGAAUGUCUUUAUCAUUCGCAGUCGGCGAGCGCGUCUUAUGCUACCAUGGGCCCCUCGUCUAUGAGGCUAAGAUACUAAAAGCAGAGACGUGGGACGAAACCAACACUAAGCUCCCUACAGUCGGCCCGCAUUUCUUCGUGCACUAUAAGGGGUGGAAGCAGACAUGGGAUGAAUGGGUGCCCAUCACCCGACUGCUCAAGUUCAAUGACACAAACGUGCAGUUGCAAAAAGCACUGAUGGCGCAGGCAAGCGCAGCUGCAUCCACCUCGGCGUCGUCCACAAAGGGGAAGGCACAUGGCGGGGGCGCGAUGAAGGAUGGUAGCUCCUCGCGCGGCGGCGGGCUUGGGCGCAAGGAUGGCAGAGGAACAAAGAGAGGGAGAGAGGAGGAUGAUAGCAGCAAGAAGCCGGAGAUGAAACUUAACGUUCCAGAGGUUCUGAAGGUGCUGCUUGUGGACGACUGGGAGGCCAUCACAAAGAAUAGUCAGCUGGUAACCGUACCACGGAGCCCCACGGUCGUUGACAUCCUUCAGGAGUUCAAAGACUAUGUGAUGGGGCUUGGGAAAAACACCGCGUCAGCUCCUCUAUCGAGCAUCCCAACAUCUGACUCAUGUGCCAUCCUAUCUUCCAGCCUUCGCGAGCCUGAACUUGUCCUCCCAACCAUAAUUUCUGGGCUGCAAGUCUACUUUGACCGUUCACUCGGCGCAAACCUUCUCUACCGCUUCGAGCGGCCACAGUACGCCGAGAUGCGCAAGCAGUAUGUCACGGGUCCCAAGGUGCUGGUUGGCCUGGAGAAAGAUAUGAGCUCUAUAUACGGAGCAGAACAUCUGCUUAGGAUGCUUGUGAGUUUACCGCAGAUGGUCGCCAGUUCUACGAUGGACGCGGAGAGCGUCGGACUGGUGAGGGAUUAUGUCAAUGAGCUGCUGACGUUUAUGGUGAAUGAACGCAGUAGGCUUUUUUUGACAGAGUACGAAAGUUCAAGUCUGCAAUACCAGAAUAUCUCUCGAUCAUAACUUAUUGUUCAUGUGUACAUAUCAUUACUCACGAUCUUAAUCGCAUGUGCCAGCUUUCAAUGGAACUUGCGCUGCUCCGCAUCCG